AUGAAAAGCCAUCUACUAUCCCUGCUCCUCAUAUGCGUCCCCCUCCUCCACUGCACCAGUACCAGAUAUUCAACUACUCUAGCCAAGACCCACCCCAAGGCGCCCCACGCCCCCUCCCCCGCUCCUGUCUCUCCGGCUGCCCCCUCUCCCGCCCCCGUCGCCUCUCCCCCUUCCCUUGAUACAUCCUCCUCCACGGCGUCCUCCCCCUCCGCCCCGCCCGACAUUGUCGCUAUUCUGAAGAAAGAGGGCGGCUUCUCCGCCUUCAUCCGCCUCCUCGGAGCCACCCAAGUCGACGACAGAAUCACCAAACUCCUCGGCGACCCCUCCCAAGGCCUCACCCUCUUCGCCCCCAACGACGACGCCUUCUCCCACCUUAGGUCCGGCGUCCUCAACUCCCUCUCCGACCGAGACCAGGUCCAGCUGGUGCUCUUCCACAUGCUCAGCUCUUACUUCCCCAUGGCCCAGUUCCAGACCUCCAGCAACCCACUCCACACGGAGGCCGGCGACACCGCCAACGGCGACUUCCCUCUCAAUGUCACCACAGGCGAAGACCAGGCGAUGAACCUCACGACGGGGAUCGACUCCGCGGCGGUCACCAAGACGGUGUACACCGAUGGCCAGCUGGCGGUGUACGAGGUGGACCAGGUGCUCCUCCCUGCGCAGAUCUUUGCGUCUCUGCCGUCGGCAUUUGCGCCGCCCAAGCGCCAGGAGGAGGCGCCGGAGCAGACGGCCCCGACUUCUUCCGACGCUGCUUCUGUUACGUUUUCUGUUGCGCUGGGUGUGCUCUGGAUAGAUCCAGGAAGUGGUGGAACGAAUGUUGGGGAGGAUAGGCCAAGACCUUCCAGCAUAGGUGGAGGAGAUACGAAUGUCAUUCUACGCAGUGUCACCCAGCAGGUGAUGGCUGAGAUGGCCAUGAGUACUGGGAGCGUAGUUGCUCGAUCGAGUAAUUUACACAGAUGA